AAAGAAAGUGGUCGAUCGUUCAGUAAAUCAGUUCGCUCAGAAGUUUCAUUCAGAGUAAAUCUUGUUUCUUGUGUCAGUACGAUUCAGUUCAGUUAAAACACAAUGCUAAGGACAACGGCCGAUUCGAAGAACAACUUGCUGUUGUUGUUCCAAAACCCCAACGAGCCAGUAUUUGCUCAAAAGGACGAUGGAAAAACUGUCAUCGAACUUCCAGAGGAAUAUUACACUGACCGUUAUCGUCCGCUGGGGGAUGAAUUAUCUACACGAUUCGGAGAAGACGCUACGAACAAGGUUGUCUUGAAGGCGGUGGCAUCGUUACCCGAUCUUUCGUUUGCUUCAGCCUUGAGUAAAGAUGCAGGCUUUUCACUGUUCAACCAAGCUCACAAAGAUAUGGCCAGCAAACUAAUGCAAAUUUUUAUGGACCAACCGGAUGCGGAGACACUAAUGUCCGUUGCGGCAUAUUGUAAGGAUCGCGUUAACGCGUACCUAUUCCAAUAUUCAUUGUCGGUGGCAAUGCAACACCGAGACGAUACGAAGAAUAUAACGCUUCCAUCGAUCGUUACCACUUUCCCUGACAAGUUUGUGGAUCCUUCUGCCUUUCCAAAGGCCCGAGAAGAAGGUGCACUAGUUGCGGAAGAAAAUCGCCAGCACAUCAAUAUUCCAAUGGAAUUCACUUCGAAUAAUAAGGAAGUUGAGCAGAAAUUGGCAUAUUUCCGAGAAGAUAUCGGCGUAAAUAUGCAUCAUUGGCAUUGGCAUUUAGUGUAUCCUGGAGAGGGACCCGACCAGAUUGUCAGGAAAGAUCGUCGAGGAGAACUGUUUUACUACAUGCACAAUCAAGUUAUCGCAAGAUACAACGUCGAUCGUAUAUGCGCACGUUUGGAGAAAGCGAAACCAUUAACCAAUAUCCGGUCCAUCAUUCCUGAAGCCUAUUUCCCAAAAAUCAUUCGUAGUAAACUUAAUCGCGCUUAUCCUCCACGCGUAGCAAACAUGACAUUGCAAGAUGUUAACCGUACUGAUGCCGUAGUUGAAGUAGCCGAUAUUGAACGGUGGAGAGAUCGAAUCUACCAAGCUAUCGAUCAAGGUCAAGUUAUUGAUUCAAAGGGAAAGACAAUCUCUCUGAACGGACUGCAAGGAAUCGACAUUUUGGGUGAUAUCGUUGAGUCGAGUGCGCUCUCACCAAACAAAUUAGUUUACGGCGACUUACAUAAUCAAGGUCACAAUCUUAUUUCCUUCGUUCAUGAUCCUGAGCAGAAGUACUUGGAAGAAUUUGGAGUGAUGGGAGAUGUUACCACUGCCAUGAGAGAUCCGAUUUUCUACCGUUGGCAUAGUUUCAUUGACACUGUAUUCCAGAGACACAAGAAACUUCAACCAAGCUAUGUGGCUAACACUGAACUUGCAUACGCAGGAGUCACGGUGUCAUCUGUUAAUGUCCAGAUAACCCAAGGCAAAAACACAAAGCCGAACACAUUGUUGACUUUCUGGCAAAAAUCCGAUGUUGAUUUAAGUAGCGGUUUGGAUUUUGGCCCCGAAGGAAAUGUGUACGCAUCUUUCACGCAUCUUCAACACGCCCCAUUCGCCUAUACCAUCGGCGUCGAAAACAAAGCGAGCGCACAAAAAAUUGGAACGUGCCGAAUUUUCAUGUGCCCGAUAAAUGACGACCGUGGACAACCAAUCACUAAAUUUGAAGAACAACGGAGCUUAAUGAUCGAAAUGGACAAAUUUACAGUAUACUUGAAUCCGGGACAGAACACCAUUCGUCGUCGCUCUGACGAAUCUAGCAUUACGAUUCCCUAUGAAAGAUCGUUCCGUAAAAUUGGCAGCAAAUUUACACCGACCGACGCAGCCGAAAAAGCUCAGUUCCAAUUUUGUGGAUGUGGAUGGCCGCAACACAUGCUUAUUCCUAAAGGAUCUCCAGAAGGCACGAAAUUCAACAUUUUCGUGAUGAUUUCAAAUUACGAAUUGGAUCGUGUCAACCAGCCAGACUUGAAGAAUCCGUGCAACGAUGCAGCCUCGUUCUGUGGAUUGAAGGAUCAGAAAUAUCCGGACAAAAGAGCCAUGGGAUUCCCGUUCGAUCGCCCGUACAAGGUUGCUGGAUUGAAUGACUUCAGAAAAUUGGGAUCGAACAUGGCACUUGGCGAGUGUGAAAUCAAGUUUACAAAUGCCCUCAUCAACCGAACAUAAUUCACGAUUCGUUUCUUCUAUCUUAUUUCUACUUUAUAUUCUAACCACUAACCAUGGACGCGGCCGUGUCUUAUAUUAAUCAAUAAAUAAUCAAGUUUGCAUUCA